AAAAAGGUUGCCAGUCUUUCGUUGACAGUUGCUGCGACAGUACUUGUGUUGUGUGAGAAAAUUACGUUGAAAAUAAUAAAUCAAAAUGCCGAAAAAACUGAAAGUAGUAGUCAAAUCACUGUAUUCCCAUGAAAUCCGUAAAGAUGUUAGCUUGGAAAAUUUAAAGUCUCUCAAGUUAGAGGAUGCUUGGCCGUUUAUCAGAGACGAAAUUGAGAUCGAAAUCGGCAGCAGUCAGUUGGUGUGUAUUCCUCAUAUUACUGAAGCGGAUUUGUAUAAAGUUACAUCCCUGUUCGUUCCGAAUGAGAAGGAGACUAACGGUAAAAUGUUCACGCCACUCGGCGAACUGGUGAAGAACAUAAAUAAGGAGAAAUCAACAUCGGAACAUGUGCAAUGGCUUGAAGAAGGUGACUUUCAAGAACGUGAUUUCAAGUUUCCCCAUGAAAGCGUAAAGAUCACAUUGCAAGAUGAAGCCAUCAAGAACAAAGUUAGAGUCAUCAUGGUGAACUUCACAAGGACCAGAGUCCCCAGGGACAAGGAUCUUGUUAACAACAUCUAUUUGGACGUUGAAAAUAACAAAGAUUUGCAAGGCAAAAAGUCUGUGUACAUGAUCACAGAUGUGCUGAUGGCGAAGACCAUUGAAUUCAGAGUGACAAGAGGGACGUCAUCUAGGAUAUUCCACCUUGGAACCGCGUCACCUCUCGUUUUUGGACUGGAAGAGUUCCUCAUUGGAGAUGAUGGAAAAUUAAUCGCUAAGAUGUCUGUACCAAUUCACUAUAGCCUGGAUAAUGUUAAUCGAACCUGUGACGAUCCAGUCUAAGUCUCUUCACUGGAAGAAAAUCAGCCCUUCAGACCAUCUGUUCAUCCCACCACAAGACACAGCCUGCAAAGUGUAAACCGACUGCUAUUCGUAGCACGCGGCUAGGACCCACAAAAUGUUAGACCGUCUUGUUGUAUGGUAGGCAGUAACACCUUAUAGCAAAAUCACCAGCUUUCAAAUGCUAUAGCAAAUAUAUUUAUAAACACCACAGACUGACAAACAUAUGGUCAGUCUGCACUUGAUAGAAGCCUGUCAAGUAUUUUUAUACAAGUGCUGUGAGUCACUUAAAUUGCAUCUAAGUAUUAGAACAAAAGCAAUUUUUUCCUUUUUCUUUAGGCAAAUCGAACUGAAAUCAGAGACUGGUAUGCUGAGGUAAAUAGACGUUAAGCUAUUUUUUAUCUGUGUUACACACGCAUCAACUGUCAAACGUGGCAGUGACAGAUAGUUUGACGUUUAUUUAUGUCAACGGUCCGUAUUUAAAUGUUCUUGUAUUAAUAAUUAUUACUUAAAGUGUUUAAUUCGUGUACUUAGGAAUACAUGCGACGGUAAACGACGUGUGUAUUUAAUUGAGAAUCAAUGUUUUAUGUUUUAGGAUAAGAUUAUUUGAUCUGUCACUAAUAAUUCAAACAAUGCAAGAGAGUAGAGACAUUAAAUCAUGAAGUUUCUUUUUUUAUAGUGACGAAUGUGUAGCCUAUGACAGAUUAAUAAGAACAAAAAAUGUUAGGUUAGUACUAGAUUUUGUUUAGAUAAACACUUAAUAGAAUAAUAAUUUCACAGUCGUUUUAAAACUUUAGAUCACAAAACUAUGUGGCUUAGCCAUGACUUAGGGUAAUUUAGUUUAGUAAAAACAAAUUAUUUGCCUGUUAGAUUAUAUUGGCUAUAAAAUCAUAUUGGUCGUAAAUUCAUUAACAAAUGGGUGUCUUCUAGUAUUGAUAUUAGUAUUUAUGCAUUCCAAAAUAUUUCUGUAUUCAUACUUCCUACCAUUUAAAUUUUGUGUGAAUUAAUUUAUUGUGAAAGGGACUUACUCAGACAGAUCGGCGACACUAACAUCAUACAUAGAAAAAAACAUGUAUAAAAUGAAUUCUGAGAAAUAAUUAGUGUAAAAUAAUAUUAUAAAAUAUAUUUAGUACAUAUUAGUAAACAGUUCAGCCUAUAAUUUAAAGCUGGCAACAAAAAAAAUGUUGGGAUUUAAAUUUCUAACUGUGAAUAGCUUAGAAUAUUUUAUUAAUGUUAGCUAACUUUUUUAGAUUUUAGCUAACUUUAGCAUGUCUUAUACCUACUAUGAUUAUUUUGACUGGUUAUUUACCAAUUGACUGGUUAUUUACCAAUAUUUUUUAAUUCUUUAUGAACCAGAACUACAUUAAUUUUAUUAUGUUGCCUCUCUCUCUGUCUGUGUAAACCUUGCAGUGCACCAUAAUGUCUGUGAUUUUGUUUUUGUUUUCAACCAGUAUUGUGUUAAGUAUUUUUAAUACUAUUUAUGACCAUUUUUUAUACUUAAAUUAAGUAUGUGAUUUAUUUGUGAUUUUUUCAGUUUUGUCAUGUUCAUUGUGUAUUUUUUGUGUAAUUAUUUUUAUCACAACAAUUUAAAUAAAUCGUGUCUUAAAAUA